AUGGCUCGACAAAUAGCUUUUCUGUAUGUGCUUAUAUCAUUUGUCUCAUGGAGAGGUCUAACGUAUACAAAUGGAACUCCAAUUCAAACGACUUUAACAUCUUCAAAACCUACAAUUUUAAUGGAAACAACAGUGACAACAACAGAACUAAUGGUCACCGCUAAUAUUUCCAGAUGCCCCCUAAUCAUUGUCACUCCUGGAUUUAUCUCGGAAUAUUUCGGUUCUUCCGCCUCUUUUACAGGCAUUGUAGAGUCAUACUCUGAUCGGGCUCUGCAGUCCAAGUGGCUUAAAAUAAACUCCGAUGUCACCGAAAUCGUUGAUAUAACCAGGAUUAAAUACCUUGGUAGUACAUCUUAUCCGUAUCCCAAACUUUCGAUCAAUGAUGUAAAUUUCCACGACGACGUAGACUAUCAACUUCAAGUUCAAAUUGCGGAAGGAUUUUGUUAUAGUAAUAUAGUCAAUCUAGAAGUUAAAGGAAUACUGACGUUUUUUGAUCAAUGCAAUAUGACAAAGGAAUGCAAUCGAAGUAAGGAAUUGUUUUGCUCUUCAGCGUACAAUUCAUGUAUGUGCAGGAGUGCUUUUUACCACAGAAAUCGCACAUGUUUUUCAAAGCAAUAUAUAGAAGAUCAGAGAUUACUACAACUACAAUCACGACCUGGUGGAAUCCUCCUACUGUAG